AUGUCUAAACCUGGGAAACAGCAUUGGGAAGCAGUUAAAUGGAUUCUCCGGUACUUAAGGGGCACUAUGGAGCAUGGUAUUGUAUUUGGGAGUCAACAGAAUGAGCAUGUACUCAUGGGAUAUGUGGAUUCUGAUUAUGCUGGUGACAUGGAUAAUAGACGUUCUACAACAGGGUAUGUUUUUACUCUUGGGGGUGGUCCUAUUUGCUGGAGAUCAUCAGUUCAGUCUAUUGUAGCUUUGUCUACAACUGAAGCAGAAUACAUGGCUGUGACUGAGGCAGCUAAAGAGGCUUUGUGGCUUUCAGGUUUGAUUAAGGAGCUGGGUAUUGAGCAAGAUGGAGUUCAAUUACACUGUGACAAUCAAAGUGCCAUUUUCUUAGCUAAAAAUCAAGUAUACCAUGCCAGAACCAAACAUAUUGAUGUAAGGUUUCAUAAGGUCAGAGAGUUUGUUGCUUCUGGUGAGAUUUUGUUGCAGAAAAUUCAUACAACUUUAUCGUGUUUGCUUCUACUGCUGCUCUCCUCCUUCUCGCAAUGCCAAGCGCAGCAGCAGCAGCUAUCCCCUACGUUUUACGACAACACAUGCCCUAACGCUCUAAACAUCAUUCGCGAUGCCGUAAGGCAAGCCGUGUCCCGUGAGCGUCGUAUGGCCGCUUCCUUGAUUCGUCUCCAUUUCCACGACUGCUUUGUUCAGGGUUGCGACGCUUCCAUCUUACUGGACGAGUCACCAACCAUUAAGAGCGAAAAGACGGCGUUGCCAAACCAUGCCUCUGCCAGGGGUUACGACGUGAUAGAGGCUGCCAAGCGCGAGCUAGAGAAAGCUUGUCCUGGUAUUGUAUCUUGUGCUGAUGUAUUGUCGGUGGCUGCACGUGAUGCCACUGUUGCUGCGGGAGGUCCGUCUUGGACAGUGAAGCUGGGAAGAAGAGAUUCAACCACAGCUAGUCGUAACAUAGAUCUCCCUAGCCCUUUCGCAAAUUUGGAUACACUUAUAUCCAGCUUCGCUAGCAAAGGCCUUAACACAAGAUACAUGGUUGCCUUGUUUGGUGCACACACUCUCGGCCAAGCUCAAUGCUUCCUAUUUUGCGAUAGAAUUUACGGCAACCGUACUAACAUUGAUUCCGGUUUUGCUAGCACUAGAAGACGCAAAUGUCCAAUGGACACCGGAAAUGGGAAUUUGGCACCCCUUGAUUUAGUGACCCCAAAUUCCUUUGAUAACAACUACUAUAAGAACUUAUUGCAAAAGAAAGGUCUGCUUCAAUCGGAUCAAGUUCUAUUCAGCGGUGGAGCAACUGACAGUAUUGUUUCAGAGUACGCUAGGAGCUCUCGGGCAUUUCAAGAAGAUUUUGCAUCAGCCAUGAUUAAAAUGUCUGAAAUUCAGCCGUUCACGGGUCAAAAUGGGAUCAUUAGGAAAGUCUGCGGUGCUUUGAACUAGCUUCAUUCUUCAAUUUAGUUUUUCCUCUCC